ACCACCGCCACCGCCACCAACAACAUCUCUCUACUGAUCCAGAGACCAUAACACUUCACAGAAAGCAAACACAAAGCAGUCCUCGCGAGGAGACAUCAGCGCGGUGCCCGUUGCGCGCUCGGAUACAAUUCGCAAAGGGAUUGCGAUCUCUUUCUGUCGCUUUUCGAGAGAUUUCAGAAGACUGGAGAUCGAUCGGGACGGAACACCUGUGCGUGCUCAUUAAUGACAGACUGAAUAACUGCUAUGACAGGUAAACUAGCGGACAAGAUCCCUAUUACCAUGAGCAGUUUAAUCAACACCAUCCCUGACAGUCUCUACCCAGAAGAAGACAUCCCCACUUCUAUGAACAUUUUCACAAACCCGGACUCUAUUUCGCACUACUCGCAGAUGAAUCCAGAUAAUAUCAUGGAUUUGGGGAUGGGCGGCGAGAAGGGCAGCGGAGAAGUUCAGUACGGCUCUAAUUUCCAGUCUGGUCGAAGCGGACAAACCGUCACCUACCUGGGCAAAUUUGCAUUCGACACCCCUCCAUCUGGCAGCAUCGGAGGCUCCGGUUGGUGUCCCGACAACAACAUCAUCAGCCUGGUGAGUGCGGGAAUCCUGGGGGUGUCACCGUCACCUGGCAACAUCACCACCCAGACGUCUUCGUCGAGCGGCAACAUGGGUGGCCAGUCGUCAGACAUGGAGCAAAUAUACGCACCACCCCUUCCUGCCUACUCGACCUGUGGCGAGAUAUACCCAGAACAGGUGACGUUCCACCACAGCCCGGCCACGUCCUCGUCUCUGCCCUACCCGAGCUCUGACUACCACACCACCUCCAAACCGGGCAUGGAUGGAAGUCUCUUUUCCAUGAUCCCAGACUACAACCUCUUCCAUCACCAGGGGGACGUAGGGGUGAUGGAGCAUAAACCCUUCCAAACCAUGGACCCUAUUAGAGUCAACCCACCUCCCAUAACUCCCCUCGAGACCAUUCGAGCCUUUAAGGAUAAGCAACAGAUCCAUCCCAGCUUUCUCGGUGGGCAACAGCACAUUUCCCAACACCAUCAACCCUCUCAAACACUCGCUCUCAAACCCAUUCGACCAAGAAAGUACCCCAACCGGCCGAGCAAAACUCCCGUGCACGAGCGACCGCACGCCUGUCCGGCGGAGAACUGCGACCGUCGCUUUUCUCGAUCAGACGAGUUGACGCGUCACCUGCGCAUCCACACGGGACACAAACCCUUCCAGUGCCGCAUCUGCAUGCGAUCCUUCAGUCGCAGCGACCAUCUAACCACACACAUCCGUACGCACACCGGCGAGAAGCCCUUCUCUUGCGAGUUCUGCGGGCGUAAGUUUGCGCGGAGCGACGAGCGAAAGAGGCACGCCAAGGUGCACCUGAAACAAAAAGACAAGAAACCCACGGACAAGGGCAAUAGUGCUGGGGCCGGGGGGAGCCACACCUCUCCUCCGAGCUCCUGUGGGAGCGCGGGACCCAGCAGUGCCAAUAUCAUGACCGUCACCACUUGUGCAUGAGAUGGACUUGCAAAGUAAGACUUUGAGGAGAAAAAAACGAAGGCUUCUUUCUCCUCUUAUAUACACACUUGACUCUUAUACUCGCUCCCUCUCACUAUAUCCAUCCGUUUCCUACGGUUUUCAUUGAUUAUGGUGGCAUUUUUCUGUAGCCACUAUUGUUUUUUGGUCAAAUGAGUGGGGGGUAAGUGGACGAGUGCUGCAUGGAUGGGAAGGAGAUGACAGUUCAAGCAGUCAGGUCAAUCCACAGAAAGAGCACUUGCAGACGCAGCGCAGUCAUAAGGGUCCAACUCUCAGCUCUGGGGACCAGAGCAAUCUCUCGAGAUUUUAGUCUUUUAAUUUUUUCCUUGUAUUUUGGUUUGUCAGUGAGUUGUCAGAUAAAAAAGUGCACUUUCAUUUGCUUAAUGUGUUGCAGUCUUUUUAAAUGAUGGUUAAUUAUUUAAUGUUUCUGUGUUGUUGUUG